AGAGCGAGCCCCCCCGCGCAGCUCGCACUGGCAUCGUCCAUCACCCUGCUGCUGCUGUCGCUGCUUGUCCAGGAGUAGACCUGCUGCUGCUGCUGCUACUUUCUGUGUCGCCGCGGUAGAAGCAGCCGCCGCUGUCGUCGUCGUCUCGUCUGCGACUACUACUCCGGCCGCCGCUGCUGCGGCUUCUCAUGCUGGCCACGCCACCGACGCUGCUCCUUUUGCUGCGAUACGAAGCGCCGCGGUGGGCACGCUGGAAAUGUCGUCGCUGGGUGGUCAGCAGCAGCAGCACGGGCACGGCGAGGCCGCCAGGGCGCGGCUCAGGUGGACACGCCAGCUCCACGACCGCUUCGUGCUCGCCGUGGCCCAGCUCGGCGGCGCAGACAAGGCGACACCCAAGUCCGUGCUGAGGGCGAUGGCCGUGCCGGGGCUCACGCUGUACCACCUCAAGAGCCACCUCCAGAAGUACCGGCUGGCGGUGAGCCGAGGCGUCGCCUCCCCGCUCGGCGACAACGGAGAUGGCACCAUCGAGCGGUCGUCGUCCUCGGAGAGCCAGCCGGACGAGUACGACGACGACGGCACCAUCGCCGAGCUGCAUGGUGAUUCUUCCAGGACCAUGGCGCGGAUGCAGAGGGAGGUGCAGAGGAAGCUGCAGGAGCAGAUCGAGGUGCAGCGGCACCUACAGCUGAGGAUCGAGGCGCAGGGGAGGUACCUGCAGUCCGUGCUGCGCCGGGCGCAGGAGGUCCUCGCCGACGACCACAGCCUGGGCUCGCCGGCCGGCGCGGAGGCCGCCAAGGGAGAGCUCUCGGAGCUGGCUGCCUCCGCGGUGGAGACGGCCGGGUGCCUGUCCUCCUCCUGCUCCUGCUGCUGCUGCUCCCCCUCGCCGUCCCCGACGCGCCACCGCUCUGCCGACAGCAGCUGCGUCACGUCGUCCUCCUCCUCGGAGGCCGAGAGCCACCAGGCCCCCGCCGCCGGCGCCAAGUGGCGGCUCCACACGUGUGGCGCUGGUACUACGCGCGACUGCUCCGACGUCGACCAGCCGGUGCUGCAGGCCGAGGAGAGUACAUUCCUGCAGAGGCACGACGCAGAGGAUGCAGAGGACGGCACUUCAUCAGAGAUUGAUCUCAACAGGUAGGGGGGGACGACGAAGAUGGUGAUCAGAAGCAUCUCUGCUCUGCAUGUGCCCAGCAUCGGAGAAGAGCCAGGGGAUGAUUGGCGGGGUCAGGCUUUUGAGCAACGUCUGCUGCUUGAAACAGCUGGCUGCACUGCAAGUCUGCAGCAGCAGCAGCAGCGACACUGCUCUUCAUUCCAUAAUAUGAUAUACAUAUAUAUUUUCAUUUAUGCAAAUGGUUCUUGUGUUUCAUGUACCCUCUGUAAAAAAAAAAAUAUGUAUGGCUGGAACUAGAGGCAGGCCCAGCUGGCAGCUGCAGAUGAUGCGAAUGCACCAUGCUUGAGGGUGCAAUGCAAGGAUGAAUGCAAAGUGCAGAACUGUGGUAGCUACUAUACUAUUAAUUACUGAGA